AUGAGCAGUGAGCGAGUGUUUGAGAGACCGAUGAUCGGAGCAAGCAAGCGUGCCGGCGGGGUACCUGAACGCGAAAGACGACCAAACCCAAGUUUGCCAACCCGCAGCGCCCAGCAGCUCACCUACAUCGGCGCCUACGACAGCGAGACUUCGCCGCCGGCGUCCCCCGACGAGUUCGAGCCCGUCCCGCGCCUCUGCCACGCCGUGCUCGCCAACUAUGACGAGGACCUGUCCAACCCCAAGUUCGCGCCGCCGGAGCGCGGGUACUUCGACAUCGACCCCAGGGGCAUCAUCAAGCGGGCCACCUACGAGGACAUCGGCAACGCGUGCCCGCCGUAUCUUAUCUACGUCGACGAGGCGCACAAGGAGAUCAUCCUCGCCAUCCGCGGCGGUCCACCACGGCGCUGCAGACGAAGAGCGCCUUGA